GAGCCCUUCACUCAGUACGCCAUCGUUACUCAGGAUCAGUCAGCCCAGCGCUAGCUGAGCAUAUCACAACUAAUCUCGCAGCGCUGUGUACCUGCCGGUGCUGGGUGCCAUUCAGCAUUUCCCGAUAGCAUAUACUCAACCUGACAAAUCUAUAUUUUAAACUCGUUAACCAGCCUGUCGAGGUUGGCUAUAAAAUACAUGACAUGGAUUCCCGUCUCCAGAUCUCCAAUCAAUACCACUCAAAGGAUUUCAUAGUACUACCUAGUUUGUAAUAGAUCAUCAUGACCGAUUCUUCGAGCUGCGCACUCUUUUCCCCCAUCCGCGUAGGCAACAUCAACUUGCAGCACCGGGUUGUCCUUGCCCCACUUACCCGUCUACGUGCAGACACAGAUCACGUCCCAACCCCACAAGCACCAGCGUACUACUCUCAGAGAGGGUCUACCCCUGGCACUCUUCUCAUCGCAGAAGGCACAUUCAUAUCUCAGAGCGCUGGUGGUUAUGAUAAUAUGCCUGGGAUAUACACCGAUGCCCAUCUGGAUGGAUGGAAAAAGGUAACAGAAGCAGUCCAUGAGAAGGGUUCUUUCAUUUUCCUACAAAUCGUGGCACUCGGCCGCACCGCAGAAAUAGCUGUUCUUGCCAAGGAGGACAAUAGUCCCCUCGUCGGUGCCUCAUCUAUCUCCCUGCCGGGAAAAACAGACGUGCCACGCGCACUCACCACGGAUGAAAUCAAAGAAUACGUUGCCAUGUUCACCACUGCAGCAAAAAAUGCCAUUCGAGCUGGUUUCGACGGCGUUGAAAUUCAUGGCGCAAAUAGCUGCUUGAUCGACCAGUUCAUACAAGAUGCCAGUAACCAACGCACAGAUGAAUAUGGCGGAAGCAUCGAGAAUCGCGCAAGGUUUGCACUCGAAGUAACGGAUGCCAUUGUCGAGGCCAUUGGUGCUGAGAGGACCGGGUUCCGAAUGAGCCCGUGGGGCGUAUUAAACGGUAUGGGCAUGGCAGACCCCAAACCCCAGUUCUCCUACGUGGUUGAGCAGCUGCGCAAACACAAACUCGCAUACAUCCACGUCGUGGAGCCGAUGCCUGCCGAAGUCACUACUGAAAAAAAUAGCGAUUUCCUCCGUGAUAUCUGGCAAGGUGUUGAAGGCAGUACCUUCAUCGGCACAAACGGAUAUACUCGGAAUACCGCAAUUGAGACGGUAGACAAGAAAGGCGGCCUUAUCGGAUUCGGGAGGUUGUUCAUGCCGAACCCCGAUCUUCCAUUCCGUCUGCGAAAGGGUAUUGCACUUGAGCGGGGUGACCAAGCAACAUGGUACAUGGGCGGUAAUCUCACACCAGCGGGUUAUUCGGAUUGGCCCUUUGCACCAGAGAACGAUCAACAAUAGAGCAGCAACUCACAUGGUCUUGUAAGUGAUAUACCUCAGAAUAUAAUUUCACCUUACUGUAGUAUACACCCGAUAUCAUACUCAAUAUUUAUCUCAGUC